AUGACCUGCAAUAAUUCAUCAAAGUAUACAAAUUCAAAUGUCAUUCUACAUCUUAAAACGGUAUCUAUGGAAAUCAAGGAAGAUUCUAAAAUGACAGUUGCUAAUGAAAUUAAUGAAAUAUCCCAAACCACAGUAGCCAGAGAAAUUGCUGAAGACUCCAAAAUACCAGUAGCUAAUGAAAUUAAAGAACAAACACAUACUACAGUAGCAGCUGAAAUUAGUGGGAGACUAAAUACUACUUUUUCUAAGAUAUCGUCUCAUAAUCAAACAAAAACUGUAGCUGAAGAAAUUAGUGGCAUACCAAACUUAAAUGUUAAAGUUAAACCUCAAAAUAUAACAUUAACACCCUUCAGUAAACAAGAAAAGGCUAUUGCUAGAUUCCAGUCAAAGAAAUUCUUUUUCAAUUUGAGAAAUAUUAUGUAA